AUGGAGUGGGUUCUGAAGUAUGAAGUUGAGGUUGGGUACUAUGCUCAUUAUGUAGCAUCACUCCCUUAUGAUCACAAUGCCAGGCAGCCAGAUGGAUCUUGGACUGUAGAAGAAGAUAAGACUAGUAUCCAGGAGAGUUGCGAGUGGGACUCUGACAAUGAUGAUACAUUCACUGUUAAUCACCUUGAAGGCCAAGAAUCACUCCCUUAUGAUCACAAUGCUAGGCAGCCGGAUGGAUCUUGGACUGCAGAAGAAGAUAAGACUAGUAUCCAGGAGAGUUGCGAGUGGGACUCCGAAAAUGAUGAUACAUUCACUGUUAAUCACCUUGAAGGCCAAGAAUAUUGUUACCAGGGUCUUGACAUUAUUGGGUUCAUCCUUUCAAGAAAGUUGUAUUUAUGGCUCGGUGGUUUGGAGUGGUUGCCUAUCAUUUGA